UGUCUGGAUGUACACAUUUAAACUGCUACAAAAGUGCUCUUUGGUUUUCGCUAUAAUUAUAAAGAUGAAGUUUGCAGAAGAACUUGAAAACUCGGAGAAAGAAGAAAAUGCAGAAGAUAACUUCGACUAUGCCGAGGACACCUCUCCAUUAACUGUACGGAAGUACAGUAUUGGCCACGGCUGGACCAUACCCAUAAUGCACCGCGUUGGCUGGGGCGCGCUGCAGCCCCCCUCGGGUGCUAUCAGGAUCAUGCACAAACCAGUGACCCACAUUAGACUGACAGACACCGGGACCGAAGGAUGUGACCAGACCCACGAGUGUGCAAGGAUAGUUCAGGACUUCCAGCGGGGCUUUAUGAAUUUGGGCUUCCCCGACCAGCCUUACAAUUUCCUGAUUGGAGGAGAAGGCACUGUGUUCGUGGGUAGAGGAUGGUACAGAAGAGCAAUGACUGUUCCUGGGAAUAUAUUAUUCAACGAGAAGUGUGUGGAGAUCGCCUACAUCGGUGACUACCGAGCGACCGGGCCAACCACUGAUAUGCUCUUCACCGCAUUGGACCUCAUCAAGUAUGGAGUCAAGAACUACAAUGUACACCCAUUUUUCAAGUUUAUCGAGUACAAGCCAAUUGCUCUAUCUUGAGAAUUAAAUCUCGUUUGUAAAUUA